UGAGGUGCAGGGAGUAGGGUGGCCAGGGCAGUUUUGGCCAGAUCCCUUAACCUGGACCCCCGCUUCCCCACCCCUUACUCCAGCUCCCCACCCUGUGCCCCGUCCACCCUGUCCUCUGCUGCCAGCACCUCCGUGCCGGACCCUUCCCUCCUCCCCGCGGGGCCAGGCCAGCUCAGCUGGGGGCUCCUCCAAGCCCUCCCUGCGCUUAGCCCCCCACUCCUCCCCUGUGUUCACCGCACUGUGCAGAAUGACUGGUGUCUGUCCGUGAGCCCCUGCCUUGCGGCCUGGACCUUUCCUGUCCUUGUGCCCUGCACACGGUGGGCGCUCGGCAAGCGUCUGCACUGCUGUCCCUGCCACGGGCUCUCUUCUCCCCAGGGCUGCUCCUCAGGGCCCUAGUAAGCCUUCCUCUCUUGGAAGGGCUGUGGGAGGACGGGACUGGUGAGGCCGUCAGGAGAGGUGGGGCUCUGGCCUGUCGUGAUCCAGGGGACAGGUGGGUCUGGGGUGGAGCCCCAUCCCUCACCCGCCCCCAGGCCGGAGGUGUCCGUGUGUCUCUCAUCUCGUUAAGAAGGAUUUGUGGGGGAGUGGCCUGAGAUCUUCUCCUCGGGUGGGGCGAACUGAACAGGAAGGCCUUGGAGUUCAGGCAAGAUCCCACCCUGCCAAGCUGUCCCUGAGAGGGCAAUGCCAUGGAGGAGACUGAGUCCCUUGGCCACUGCUUGCUUGCAGGAGACCCUGAGCAGUUAGCGAUUUUCACGGGACCCCCGGAUCUUCUCCACGGGAACAGCUUGUACCAGAAGGUGCGGGCAGCCGCCCAGGACUUGGGGGCUGCCUUGUUCUCAGACGCCUUGUCACCUCUGCCUUCCUCCCAGCCACCCAGGGCCCUGCCUCCAGCAGGCAUGGGCUCCCAGUCCAGGCCCCAGAGCUCCCUACAGGGCUUCGGCUACAGCAAGGAACGGGGCCACACAGGCUCUGCGGGCGAAGCCUUCCUGUCCACCAUCCAGAAGGCCGCAGAGGUGGUGGCCAGCGCCAUGCGCCCUGGGCCUGAGAGCCCCAGCUCCCAGAGGUCCCUUCUGCGAGGUGACGCCUACCAGCCGGCUGUGACACCUUCAGCCAGCCUCGGCCCUCCAACCCCCGGGAACCCUCUCCCCACAGCCGGCCCAGGUGCCCGAGCCAUGAGACACCAGCCUGGGCAGGCCGGAGGCGGAUGGGAUGAGCUGGACAGCAGCCCAAACUCUCAGGAUUCUUCCCAGGAAAAUGACGACCUGGGCAAGGCCUCGGACUCAGGUAGCCCGUCGGGCAGUGACAGCCCCUCAGGGGCCAGCCGGGCACCCAGCGACCUGGCAGAAAGGGUCGAGGCCGUGACCCUGAGUGACUGCCAGCAGGAGCUGAGCCUGGUCCGGGCCGUGACACGGGGGCCACAUUGCUUCCUGAGCCGAGAGGAGGUGCAGCACUUCGUCAAAGAGUGUGGACUCCUCAACUGUGAGGCCGUGCUGGAGCUGCUCAUCCGCCACCUGGGCGCAACCAGCGAGCGUGUGCAGAUGAGAGCUCUGGGUGCCAUCGCCUCCCUCGGGUGCACCGACCUGCUCUCCCAGGAGCGAGUCCUGCUCCUUGCCCGGCCUCGGCUGCAGGAGCUCAGUGUGGGCAGCCCCGGACCCGUGACCAACAAGGCCACCAAGAUCCUGAGACACUUUGAAGCUUCCUGCCGACAGUGGCCCCCUGCCCGGAGGCCCCCAGCCGAGCCUGGCCCCGCAGUCACCCGUGUGGGCCCAUCAGACCUGCUGAGCGACACCCUGCCUUUCACCGGGGACCAGGCCUUCCUGCAGCCUCUGAGUUCAGCUCUGUUCUUGCCCAAGGGCACUGCUCCCCCAUCGGGGCUGCAGCCCGGCCCUGUGCCCCCGACUUCCCUGGACGGCUGCCCGCUUCCAGCCCACGCGGAUGCCAGGGAGGCCAAGACCAGACUGGCAGGUUCCAGAGAGCAGGGGGCUGGAUCUGAGCGGGGCCUGUUCAGCACAGACACUGCAAAGGGAGGGCCAGAGCUUGACCCGGGCCCCGGAGAUAGCUGUGACUCCUUGUUUGCUGGCAUGGAACUGGUGGCCUGUCCCCGCCUGGUGGGGGCCGGGACUGCUGCAGAAGAGUCCCUCCCAGCCUGCCAGGCUCCCUGGACAUCGUCACAGAGGGUGGCAGCAAAAGAACCUUCUGGCUCUGAGCCAUCAGCUUUCGCAUUCUUAAACUCAUGAUCUUGUCAGCCUGGGCCACUUGCAGAGUCUCUGUGUCCCCCAGCCCCUCGCUCCUAGGACCCUGUGACUUUGUGCUGUCCCCACGUGCCCACAGCCUCUGUGUCCCACCAAAGAGUGGCUCCCCUCAGGUGUCUGCAGUCAUCCUCGCCCUCCUCUGGCCUCCUCCCCUCACCCACUGAGGCCUUGGUGCGGGCAGCCACCCAGCCAGGCAAGCUCAGAGUGGACAGCCCACCCAGUGACGAGAACAGCCACCAGUAAAGCACAGAUAAUAUUUCAGGAGUCCACGAACCAUCCAGAGCCAGGCCGGCACUGCUGGAAGAGGUCAUCCUUGCCCAUGGGGGCUACUCCCCAACCUUGUCCCUGAGGUGGGUUCCCCAUUUUUCUGCUGGGGAGCAGGACCCCCCACCACAGCCCACCCGUGGGUGUGAUGGCCGAGGAGCAGCCCCCCAAGCAGCCCGCAGGACACACACGGAGGGCGGGACGGGCACAGAAUGAGGAGCUGAGUGCUCGCUGAGACUGGCAGCCGGCGGGCCCUGGGCUUCCGGGUCCCCCACCUCACAGCCAUCUGGUCUGGCUGGAUGAGCACACCGCCCGCUUUUCCCAGUUGCCGAAGGGAUCCUAAGGGAGGACAGUGGGGUGGGUGGUAUGGCGUGGCCUGCCUGGAGGGCAUGGGAGGGAAGGCCUGCUAACCGAGCUCAGAGACCAGACGCCCCUCGGAACUGUCCUCAGUCCCCAGGGUCCUCACGGGCACACAGAGAGGGGCACCGGGGGGAGACAGAGAGGCCCCACCUGCAGGCUGAGCCCAGGCCCGGCCCCCAGCCAAGCUUCUGCUGUUUCCAGACGACAGGCCCGAGAGGAGGACCGCAGGGCCGCCUCAGUCAUUCCCCCCUGCCCCCGCUGUCUCCUUGGCCAGAGACUGGCCAUUUGGACUCGAAUUCCUAUAGCAGCAGGUAGGCACAGGGCCUUACAAGUGCUGACCUCGGGGUCCCCUGGGGAAACCCCUGCCUGCCCUGCCCUCAGAAACAAGGAUUUUGGGGUGGAUUUGGAAUCACCGCUUGGGUCUUUGAGCUCAGAUCCCUCUCUCAGCGGGGGUAAGGGGGGUGUCCUAAGCAGCGUCACACCUUCUCUUCCAGCAGGAUAGGGCCCUUUCCAGCAUCGGGUCCCUGUGUGACCCAUGUCAGCUCCCCCCUGCCAUGACCACUGCCUGCAGACUGUACAGCCACCUCAGAGCAAUGGCUGUGGUCCCUCUUGGAAGAACUGGGGUCACACCUCCUACAUAAACACUGCUGUUCACACAAA